CUUCCUACCACUGACACUGACACGCAUCCACCGGCCAGCUCUGCUCGUUGCUUUCUGUCCCGCCGCCGCCGCCUGUUCACGUCUGUAGGGAGGCGCCGCUGGUUUAUGAUCGGCCGUGUGUUCGGCACCGUGUCUCAGAGGGUGUGCAGCUUGUAUAACCAGGUGUCGCUGAUGAUGAAGCCGCAGGUUGUGUUCGUGUUGGGCGGGCCGGGCGCCGGCAAAGGCACCCAGUGCGCCAGGAUCGUGGAGAACUACAACUACACCCAUCUGUCAGCGGGGGACUUGCUGAGGGCAGAGCGAGCUAGAGAGGGCUCAGAGUUUGGACAGCUCAUUGCCAACUACAUCAAGGAAGGCAAAAUUGUCCCUGUGGAGAUCACCAUCAACUUACUCAAAAAGGCAAUGGAGGAGACCAUGCAGCAAGAUGAGAAAAAGUUCCGUUUCCUCAUAGACGGUUUCCCCCGCAACGAGGACAACCUUCAGGGCUGGAACACUGUUAUGGAUGAGAAAGCAGAUGUCAAAUUUGUGCUUUUCUUUGAUUGUGGCAAUGAGGUUUGCAUCAACAGAUGUCUAGAAAGAGGGAAGAGCAGUGGACGCACAGAUGACAACAGGGAAAGCCUGGAGAAAAGAAUCCAAACCUACCUGCAGUCUACACGACCAAUCAUUGAGCUGUACGAAAAACUCGGCAAGGUGCGCACUGUAGACGCCUCUCGUUCUGUGGAUGAGGUGUUUGCUGAUGUGAAAGCCAUCCUAGACAAAGAGGGUUGAGUUUCUCCAGCUGCCAACAACAUUCAUUUUACCUUUUAGUUUUUCUUUUUAUCAACUGCAAGUACACUAUAAUAAGUUUAUAUGUCCAUCCAUAUGACUUUUUACUUUUGGUUACUUUUUUUGUUGUUGUUUUCCAUCUCUUUUGUAAAUGCUGUUUGUUUGUGAGUGUGUGUACAAUAUGUAUUGGUGUGAAUGAGAAGUAGAGAUGCCUAGCAGCUACUUGUGAUUAACUAGUUUAUGUUCUGAAGAGCUCACAGCUCAUGUACACAGUUAUUCAUCAUAGUUUGAGGCCUUUGAGUAGGAACAUCAUUUUGUUAGCUUUAGAGAGACACUUUGUUGGUAAAUCAAAGACACCCGUAAUACUGGAAGUCUGUACAAAAAUGGUAUAUAUCACUAAUGUCUUCAGAGUAUCAUGUCAUUGGAAGCAGACAUACUGUAACGCUUCAGACCAAAUAGUUGUUUGACCUGAUGACAACAGACUGGGAUCCAUGUCAGACUUCAACAGCCAAUAGCCUGUCUGGCAUUCAAAUAAAAUGCAUAAAACAACAGCCUCAUAUUUAAUGGACAGUGACCAGACCAACCAGUCCAAGUUGCUUUUGUGCCGUUUAGAGUCAUCAGGUUUACACUGUUUCUGUGGCUCAUUCUUCGAUUAUUUUAAUCUGUAUCAGAACACCUCCAUGUGCUUCAUCACAGCUAUGACACCAGGGACUAGUCAUAGAGAAAACACAGAGAGGUCAAAAUGAACGUUUUGUUAAAUCUGUACUGUAUCUGCUUGAAGGAAGAGGAUAAAACUGAAAAGUAAACGCACUGAUUUUUGUUUUGCUCAA